UAAGCUUCACUUGGAGCGGAGAUUCGCACGGCAAGCUGCUGAUGCUGUGUGCCAAAUAAGUGAGCAUCUCAGUCGCCCUGGUGAUUUGCCGAAAGACAGCUGAUGAUCUUAUUGAUGAUCUGGAAGCUCUCGCGGCCGACGCAGAUCUCCGCUCGCAUGAUUGUCAGCGACUCUAUUUGUGGACCAAUCAGCCUUUCUCAUCACUGAUUAAUUCGGAAUGAUUCCUCUGGCAGUAACUGUGGCUCUCUUUACGGUCACGUUGAUACUAGGAAUACCUUUGUCCUCCAAAAUUAUGAACGAAGAAAACGAGACAAAUUACGAAAUUAAAAAAGAUACUUUGCGACUAGUCACAGUGAUAAUGAGACAUGGUGAAAGAGCACCUGUAGAUACCUAUCCGAAUGAUCCUUACAUCAAAGAUAAUAUGGAACCCAACGGCUGGGGUCAGCUAACAAAUGAAGGAAAAAGGAACCAAUACAAUCAAGGAUUAUUCUUGCGAAAGCGCUACGAUAGCUUUUUAGGAUCGAUGUACAAUCCCGAUAUAUUUCAUCUACAAUCUACCGCUGUAGAUCGUACGAAAAUGUCAGCCAUGCUGGAGGCCGCUGCCCUGUGGAAGCCUAAUGAGGAACAAUCAUUCAAAACUGAUUUACCUUGGCAACCAGUCACAUUAUUCUAUCAGGAACGUCCGGAGGAUACGCUAAUGUUAAUAUGGAAUACAUGUCCGAAGUAUACCCGAUUACGCUCUUUGGCGAAUGAUUUGCCAGAAAUUCGAAAAGUACAUGAAGACAAUAAACAAUUAUUUGACGAGCUCUCGAACUUCACAGGCAUGCCGAUCACAACUAUUGACGACGUCAGCUCGCUUUACAGCACGUUAACAGCUGAGAAACAAAUGAAUUUGACUUUACCAGAGUGGACAGAGAACUACUAUCCCAAUAAAUUAAUACCCUUGACUUUAUAUGAGCUACAACUUAACACGUAUAACGAUGAAUUACGUAGGCUGAAAGGAGGUCCCAUGCUGAAAAAAAUCAUUAAUGACAUGACAGCAAAAAAGGAAGGCGCUAUACAACCUAUAAAGAGAAAAAUGUUCAUGUACGUCGGUCACGACAGCACUAUCGUCACCAUGCUAGAUACAAUGCACAUUUGGUACAACCAGAUGCCAUAUUGUAAUAUUAUGAUAAUGAUAGAGCUACAUAAAGAGGAGGAUGAAUGGAAUGUCCAGGUAUUUCUAAGAAAUACGACAGUCCAUGAGCUAUAUCCGAUGACAAUACCUGGAUGCACUGUUGUAUGUCCUCUCGACAAGUUUAUGGAAAUUUUGAAGCCGAUGAUAUCGGACAAUUGGGAGGAGGAAUGCAAGGUCGAAGGUGAUUAUGUGACUCCACCUCCACCACUUCCAUAAUUGUAAAAUCUCUUGCUUUACUUAUAUAUGUCAUAUUAUAAUUCAAAUAAUUUUAUUGUAUCCAUAUUGUAAAUAAUUAUUUAUAUAUACAUUAUUCUAAUGUCUAUUA